CAGCUGUAUGUAGAUGGCAGCAUCGGUUCGGCUCGCACUUCGCACGCGUUUGAACGUUCUUUUGAAUGAAAAGUUUCUAGGUUAUAACAUCAAAUCUUUAUUUUUGUAAUUUGUGUGUUCUUUAGUUGUUUUGUUAUUUACUAAAUAGUUAAAAUGUCUGACUCAAAAUAUCAUGAAUAUUGUUCUCCGUUGUCUACCAGAUAUGCUUCCGUGGAGAUGCAAUAUAAUUUUAGUGACAUGAAAAAGUUUAGGACAUGGAGACAACUUUGGGUUAAUCUUGCUCAAGCUCAAAAGGAGCUUGGCUUCGAUAUAAAGGAAGAACAACUGGAAGAGAUGCGAUCGAAGAUCGAUCAGAUUGAUUUCAAAAUGGCUGCCGAGGAAGAGAAGCAGACUCGACAUGAUGUGAUGGCUCACGUGCACACGUUUGCACACGCGUGUCCCAAGGCUGCUCCCAUCAUUCAUUUGGGAGCCACGUCGUGCUAUGUCGGUGACAAUACUGACUUGAUAAUUCUGAAAGAUGGUUUCGACAUUCUGCUACCUAAGCUGGCCAACUGUAUCAGCCGUCUUGCCAAAUUCGCUGAUGAAUACAAAGAUGUGCCCACUCUUGGCUUCACUCAUCUUCAACCCGCACAAUUGACCACCGUUGGAAAGCGAGCAUGUCUGUGGCUUCAAGACUUGCUGAUGGACAACAGAAACUUGCGAAGGGUCAGGGAUGACCUCAGGUUCCGUGGAGUCAAGGGAACAACUGGAACCCAAGCCUCAUUCAUGUCACUUUUCAAUGGAGACCAAGAAAAAGUGAAGGCACUGGACAAGAGAGUAACAGAGCUGUCUGGCUUCAAAUCAGCGUACAUAAUUUGUGGCCAGACUUACACGAGAAAAGUGGAUAUUGACUGUGUUGUAGCUCUGUCUGGCUUAGGAGCUUCUGUUCACAAGAUGUGCACGGACAUCAGAUUGCUGGCGAACAUGAAGGAGAUCGAGGAGCCGUUCGAGAAGUCGCAGAUCGGCUCGAGUGCAAUGGCUUACAAGCGCAACCCGAUGCGUAGUGAGCGAUGCUGUGCGUUGGCCAGGCACCUCAUGUCGCUGCAGAACAGUGCCUUGAACACAGCCGCCACUCAGUGGUUCGAGCGCACACUUGAUGACAGUGCCAACAGGAGACUGACACUGUCAGAAGCAUUCCUAGGUGCUGACUGUAUUUUGAUGACUCUGCAAAAUAUCUUGGAAGGCCUUGUCGUGUACCCGAAAGUGAUUGAAAGGCACAUCAAUCAGGAAUUACCAUUCAUGGCAACAGAAAACAUCAUAAUGGCUGUUGUUAAGGCGGGAGGAGACAGACAGGAAUGUCAUGAAUAUAUCAGAGUUCUGUCACAAGAAGCUAGUCAGCAAGUGAAACAGAAGGGACUCGACAAUGACUUGGUAGCUCGAAUCAAAGCUCAUCCCUACUUCGUGAAAGUUCUGCCAAUCUUGGAUUCUCUUCUGGAUGCGGAAACGUUUGUUGGAAGAGCUCCUCACCAGGUGGCAGAAUUUCUUAAGGAAGAAGUGCGACCAGUUCUGGAGGAAUGUAAGGACAUUAUUUCGAACAGCUCUGUGGUAUUGAACAUUUGAAUUAGUCAUGUGAUGUGUAUCGGAAAGUAGCUAGAUUCGUUUCAUUAAAAACCAUGGGGAUAGUUUGAUUGUAUACUUGCUGGUUACCAAUAGAAUGUUAGUUGAUGUACCUACCAUACCUUAGAAAAAUCGAGAUUUGUUUUAGUAAUCUUGUUACUUAUUUGGAAAAGUUGUUAUUUUGAAUGUACCGUAUCUCCCUAUUAACAGAUUCAUAAUAUUCUCCAAUAUUUGAAUCAUCACCUGCGUUUGUGAUGAUAUUUGAAUUUUUGAUUCCAAUAUAAAAUACUAUUUUAGUUUUGAUUUGUUGAUUUAUGAACGUAUUCCAAUAAUAUUCUAAAUUUAAUCCAGUUUGUAUAAAAUUAUUUUGUAAAAUAAUUAUAUUAUCAUUUUUAUAACAGUGCUAAUUUAGAAUAUCUUGUGGGAAAUAUUUUUGUACUGGUUGGUGAUGCUAUUCUAGUAAAUGCGUCUUAUU